UAAAAUCCUUUGAAGAGAUCUGUUGAGGCAUUGCAGUGUAGAAAUGGCAGUUCCAAUGAAGUCUCUUUGCUUUGUUAUGUUUCUUGUGCUUCUCGGCGUUGCUGGGUUUAAUCGAGUCGAUGGGGCUGGUGAAUGUGGGAGAUCCACCACUCCUGACAUGGAAGCUUUCAAGCUAGCACCUUGUGCAUCAGCAGCACAAGACACAACUUCUCCAGUUUCUUCUCAGUGCUGUGCUCAGGUGAAGAAAAUGGGCCAGAACCCACCCUGCCUUUGUGCUGUUAUGCUUUCUAACACAGCUAAGAGUUCUGGAGUCCAGCCAGAGAAUGCAAUUACCAUUCCCAAAAGAUGCAACAUUGCUAAUCGUCCUGUGGGUUACAAGUGUGGAGCUUAUACAUUGCCUUGAAGAGCAACAUCAGUCAUGGCUCCCCUUUACUGUACUUCUACUGAUCUGCUGGAGUCUACAUUCUUGUAGCUAGUUAAUUCUAGCUUCUGAAUGUACUGUGAUAUCUAAGCAUCUGAUAAUAAAUAAACUUUUAAUGCUUAA